ACGCAAGUUCCUCUCUUUUUUUUGGUACAACCCGAUUAUGCUGCAUUGACAAGGGUUCUCACUGUCUCUCUUUUCUUUCCUUCUUUCUUUCUCGUCAAAACAACUCGUAGAAUGCAACAGCAACAGCCCGAUGUGCAUGAUACACUUGAUGUCAAUAGUGCAGCCACUGUUUCUGCCACAGCCAACCAAGUAAAGACGCAGCAACGACGAGCAACUGCGCACAUACCCAACCACGACGACCACAUUCCUGACGUACUCAAUUAUCUCUCCAAAGCACGAGUCAAAUGGAGACACAACAGCGAUACGAUCCUUAUUGUGACCAAAGCCAAAGAUCAUCGGCUGUUGCGUUACACCCGCUGUUUGGCCGAAUGGCUGAUCGCAACCCCUCGCUUUGGCAAACAGCAUCCAUUCACCGUCUAUGUAGACGGCCAUCUCCAAGACGCCAAGAGUUUCCAAUACCAGAAAUUGUGCGAGAAAGAUCCCAUCUUUAAAGAGAAGCUAAAGUUCUGGACACCCCGACUAUGCCAUGAAAACCCCAGUUUGUUUCAUUUAAUCAUCACACUCGGUGGCGACGGUACAGUACUAUUUACGUCAUGGCUUUUCCAGACCGUUGUUCCGCCUGUCAUGUCCAUCCAUCUCGGCUCGUUGAACUUUCUUGCGCCAUUCCCAUACACCAGCCAUCGAGAAGCGCUUGACGAACUAUUCGAAGGGGAAGGGUUCCGGAACACGGUCCGGAUGCGCUUGUCAUGCACCGUCUAUCGCCAUCAAGCGGACAAGCCAGACACAUCCCAUGAAAGCGUUUCCGAAGAAAAACGAACGAGUGUCAUGGAGACAGCGUGGAUGAAGAAGCAACUGCUCCAUGAAGCGAAGCGUAUAUCGGAGGCGGAGCGACAGUGCUUGAAAAAGGCCAUCCCGUGUUAUACAACCGUGCCGUUCGAGACAUAUGAGGUGCUCAAUGAAUUGGUGGUGGACCGUGGACCGAGUUCGUACAUGUCUGUGCUUGAGUUGUUUGGAGACGAACGACACUUGACCACGGUGCAAGCGGAUGGGUUGGUGAUUGCCACACCCACGGGAUCAACUGCUUACUCGCUAUCGGCACAUGGAUCGCUUACGCACCCGGAUAUCCGAGCCAUCCUGGUGACACCUAUUUGCCCACACACAUUAAGUUUUAGGCCAAUGUUAUUGCCAGAAACAAUGUCGAUUCGUGUUGUUGUCCCGUUCGGAUCAAGCAGACCUGCCUAUUGCAGCUUUGAUGGGCGUAACCGCGUGGAACUCAAACCCGGGGAUCAUAUCAAAAUCGCCAUGUCACCGUAUCCUUUGCCAACGGUGUGUCGUACUGAGUCCAGCAAUGAUUGGUUUUCAUCCCUUCAAAGCUCGCUCCAAUGGAACGUUCGCCAACGACAAAAGUCAUAUGUGAUCGUGGAGUCGGAUCGCCAAGAAGGCAAAGCUGGAGACCAUGAAAGACAGGAGGGUGAACCCAACAGUGGGCUCUUUGCAUGCUUACAAAGUGACGACAAGCCGUCUUUAGCUUCUUUGGAACAAACCAGUGGCGAAGAAGAAGAAGAAGAAGAGGACGAUGAUAAUCAAACAGUAACGGCAGACGAUGAAGAAGAAUUAGGAGUGCCCAUAUGGACGGAUGAAGAGAUUCGGAAUUGGUGAUAGUGACGAGAUGUUAUAUCCUUUGCCCCCUUGUUGCCUUUAAUAUAGAUGGUAAUAUAUAUAAUGAAUUGUACACACAAGAAAGAGUUGUUUUGUUAUUUUGUGUCUAUAGUGAUACAUUGAGUAUGCCCAAUUAUAAAAACACUUUUGUUGUUAUUUUCCCCUAAACUUGUCCAAAAAUUAUGCAGAUAGAAUGCUUGAAAAAUUACUGAGAUUCAGUAGCAGGAGCAGCGGCUUCUUGUUCUGGUUCAGCAGCAGCAGCAGCAGCAGCAUCAGUGGUGGUGGUGGUGGUGGUGGUGGUAGCAGGGGCAGCAGCCUUCUUUUCGGCAGCCUCAGCCUCAGCGUCA